AUUGUAUGUCGUGUUUCAGCUGCACCGGGACAGCGUGGUCCAGAUAAAAAAAUCGCGAAGAUCGCAGAGCACAGGCUUCUCCAGGAUAUAAUUUACACCGACAGUUACAAUAGAGAGGUCCGACCAGCGCUUCGUGAUAGCGAUGUCGUCACUGUCCUUUUCGAAGUGAAACUUGUCCAGAUCGUGGACGUGGUAAGUGACGUCAUGGAAUUAUAUAUGUGUAAAGUGUAUAUUCCAGUAGAGGUUACAACAGCUGCUUUCGACGGGCAUUUAAAGGUACACAAAGUUGUUGUAUUAUUGAAAAUAAUCGCUUCUCCUUGGUUGAUAAGGGAACUCAUUGCCAUGCCCAUGUAGUAGAGGAACCUCUCCUUUGAAUGACUACAAGUAUGACACUUAAAGUUUCGGUCUGAGUGAAAAACGCAUUAAAAUUUGAAUUUUUGUUUGCGUCUGUCAUUUGAUUCCCAGACUACCGCAUUUUCGGUUCCAGGCUCGCGUAUUAAAAAACGAACACCACGUAAACAAAACUUAUCAUAACGCAUGCAACAUUGCUAUUUCAAAUAAGAAACCGACCUUACUUUAAAAAUACUUAACAUAGAAAACAUGCUCUUUUAGUAUGGGUACGAAACUAUUCAACUGACUGGGUAUGAAUCGACCUGACUGCGUACGAACGACUGGUAACCUAUUUGUACAUCCAUUUAAUUUUGUCUUUUGUCCCUGAUAGGAUGAGAAGGCGGAGACUUUGAAGGUGAACGUCUGGACUACACAAGUAAGAAGAGUGUGGUUUUAUUUGAUGUUAGGGCGCUUCUUGACUGACUGCUUUUCAGCUAAUAUUUUUCUCUUUCAUGUUUCUUAGAAAUGGAAGGAUCCCUUUCUUAAAUGGAACCCUGAUGAUUACGAUGGAAUUAGCACAAUCAACGUUGAACCAAAUUUAGUGUGGCUGCCCGUCAUAAUACUUUACAACAAGUAAGGCUGUACUUCCCUUGGAACCGGUCAAUAGUUAUUGCCUGGGGGGGAGGGGGAGGGGGGUUUUGGAAGAUUUUGGAUGUGUCUCGAUUAAAAUUCACCUGAUUCCCACCCCCCAGGGCCCUGUCAUAUUCUUAUCACCCCCUCAGCCAAUUUUCGGUAGCCCUUCUUAAUACUCCGUUUGUGACAGCUCAUCCUCCUCAGUUUCCCCUGAAAGCCAUGUGAUCUCCACCCCAAAAUCCUCCAGAAGAUUUUUUUCUGCAAAUUAAAUUCAAGGCAGAUCCGACCACUCAGAAGGUUGACUUAGGUACCGUUGAGCUGCAAGGACUGGAAGGCUGUUAAAGUUCUUUUCCAUGAAUUAGCGUAACGCACGGUGAGGAAUUUUUUCUUGGUACAUUUUCAGCGCUGCCAAAGGUUUCACUGGUGGACUAGAAAAAUACAAGACAAAAGUACUAAUUGGCAGCAAUGGUACAGUCACGUGGUUUUCCGCGACACAGUUCAUUUCGUCCUGUAAACAGAAUAUCCGCUUCUUUCCAUUCGACGAGCAGUUCUGUUAUUUAAAAUUUGGGUGAGUAUGAGUGCGAGUUUUCUAAAUAUUUCUCUAUCUGGUCUUUGACAGCUAAAUCGCAGUUUAUCAAAAUCCUCCCUUACACUUGUAUUUUCUUAUAUAGAUCUUGGACCUACAAUGUGAAGUAUCUUGACAUGACAACGGACCAGACAACUGCUGAUAUGUCGGCUUGGAUAAAAAAUGGCGAAUGGGAAGUAAUAGAUGUUCCAGUAGAGAAGAAUAAGCUCUAUUAUGCAUGCUGCCCUCAUCCGUACGCUGACAUCACCUACACCAUCCACAUGAAGAGGAAGGUACUUUACUACAUAUUCAACCUGAUCAUCCCCACAACAAUCAUCGUCUUCUUUAUUCUAGUCGGCUUCUGUCUUCCCCCUGACACCGGGGAGAGGAUCACUCUAAACAUCACUGUCCUGCUAACAAUGACAGUUUUUUUGAACAUUGCGUCCAACACGCUUCCCUCCACCUCGGACAGCAUCCCACUACUGGGGGACUAUUACCUGAUUCUUAUGAUAAUGGUUUGCUUUGCAAUUCUCUCAACUUGUGUCGUCCUUAGGUAUUACUAUGCAACUCCAACGCGCAUGCCCGAGCGUUUGCGCGUGAUAAUAAAUGAAUGGAUUGCGUCGCUUCUCUUUUUCGUCAUCACAAAGAAACCUAAGAACAAAGGUGUCAGUCAGUGGUGUGGAAAACGAACCGAAGAGGCGUGUUACGACUGCAAUGAGUCUCACAACUUUAUGGCUGCGCAGAGUUUUAUUGUCCAAAACGAAAGCAACACGGCCGAGGAACGAAUAGCUCUUAUCGAGAUAAGGCCAAAGAAUCACCUCCCGCGAGCCAAUGGGGUGCAAAAUGAACACCGAAAGACGCCGUCGAGUGCAUCACAUAAAAAAUCCAAGAGUGAGCCAGCCAUCAAUCUGAGCGGUGGGGCGUCAACAGCUUCAGAAAAGCGGUUGAGAAGGCGAAAGAUGUCCGUACUUCCCAAACGCGGUAAUGCCUUAAAUACCCUACAAAACAGAGUUAUGGAGGGACUUGGAGUCCUGACUCGCCGUGUUAAAGAAGACAACGAGACAGAAGAGAUCGUUUUGGAAUGGCAAUUCGCAGCCAUUGUCCUCGAUCGUUUGUUUUUUAUCCUGUACUCACUGACUUUUAUCAUUCCUUUGUUUGUUUUCUUCUAUGCGUCACCAACUCCACCGGUCAGCAAAGUGGAACCACAGUAA